CAAUGAUAUUUCGCAUCUAAUCACAUGGGAGAGGAAAUAUGGCUGCAUUGGAUAGGGAAGGGUUUGCCUCGCUUCAGUUUUUACUGAAAGCUCCUUCAAAGAAUGUUGUUCGGCAGUUAUGCCAAGAGUGCUUUUCUAGUUCAGGAAAUGGCUUGGAAAAGCUCACUGAAAGCACCUGUUCCAAUCUCUCAAUAACUCCCAAUGAAGCUAAUCAGUUAAUCCAUUCUUUGCACAACCUUACAAGGCACAUCGUUUACCAUGGCCUAACGUCGCAAGAAGAAAUUCUCUCUCUCUUUCCAGAAGGAUUUCACCAGAAUCUUAAAAACCUUGUGACCAAGAUAAUUCUGGAAAAUGUCUCUGCCUGGAGAAAUGAAGCACAGGCCAGUCAAAUUACCCUCCCCAGGCUAGUAGAUAUGGAUUGGAGAGUGGACAUCAAGACAUCUUCAGACAAUGUCAGCAAAAUGGCUGUUCCUACCUGCCUGCUACAACUGAAGAUUCAGGAAGAUGCUGGCUUGUGUGGGAAUGACUUUGAAACUUCUGCAUUAACAGUAGAGCUGAACAAACAAACAUUGGACACUAUGCUGGAUGGUCUAGGAAGGAUUCGGGAUCAACUUUCUGCUAUUGCAAAUAAAUAAUAUUCCAAGUAAAAAACUGCAUCAGCCAUUUGUAUGCAUAAAAGAAUUCUCUUUCUAAUUUGAGCAUGGUAUUUCAUAAGGAGCCAUUUAGCUGUUCUAUUUUGUUUCAGCCCUCAAAGACUAAACACAGUUUUAAUAAUUCUCAAAGAACAUUGUAUCCUGGGUGUGCUACCUAAGAUAAGCUUCUAAUGCCAGUCAGGGCCUCAGUUUGCAACUAUUGCUAGAGAAGUUCAUAACUAUGUUUUAUAGGAAAAUUUUAACAAGAAAAAGGAGCAGCCAGUGAAGCAGAUUAUUUCCCUGGACUAAAAUUGUAUUACUAAAAACACAUAUGCAGCUAAUAGGCCAGCUUCCAAGUCUUGCACACUUUUGAAAGGAUGUGCUGAGAAGCAUGUGACACGAGACAUUUCCUCUUCACUGAUGCAUCACUUUUGACAUAGGGCAGCUGCGGGACAGUGUCAUCUGUCAUUGCACAAAGUCAUUUUUCACUAAGCAGAUUCUUCUAUUUUGUGCCAUGUAGCUCCAAACUUUGUAACGGCAGAGAAUAACCUUUGUCACUUCAUACUGGCUUUAACAGGAAAUGAGAGUCUUUGCAAGUGAUUUGGAUGUACCAAAUAAGGUUCCUAAUGGCAAUUCCAGCUUCCUGUAGCAGCAGUGUCAUUGCAGCAUGUGUGAAAUAUUAAGAUUUCAUUAAAAUACACACAUCCUAGCAGCUGCACUUAAUCAAUUUCAUUCAUUUUAAACAAGUUAUUUUUCCCUCCAAGGUGCCAUGAAAAUAGAACUAUUUUGCAUUUUUUGUUUUACUAAACGUUAAAAUUAGUAUUAUAUUCCCUCA